GCGCUGGCGACAUCGCGCAUGCUCAGUGCGGGAAGGGCGGUGUUGUUUUUCGUUCUUUGUUGAAGCUGGUCGGCGGUGGGAUUGGGAUCGGGAGGGGGUUCCCACCCUCGCCCCCUGGGGCGGGGAGCCAGGGACAAUUUCCUUUCGAACAGCAAAAUCUGACCACAACUGUCCUCAACAUGGCUGAACGGACGGGUAGUGGAGGAGUUCCAGUGAUGUCAACAUCAAGAGAGGUCACGAGUCCGGGCUCAGUGAUCACCGAGCUCCUGGCAAGCUGUGACGAUUCCCAGCUGCUGCAGUUGACGGACUUCUACCGGGACAGGCUGGAGCAGGCGAUGGAAGGAGGGGUGCACGGAGUGAGUCUGGCGUUAACGGCCGAGAAUCAGUUCAGCGGAGAGGAACAUCGGAAAAUCUCUGAUCUCGCUGAUAAGGGAGAGCGGGCGGACAGUUCUAAACUCCUCCUGAGCCUGGUGAUGGAGAAAGGCUCCCGUGCCCGGAGGGUGAUGUGGGAAACCUUUGUGAAAAUGCGGAUUGGUGUCCCAAAGUUGGACAAAAUACUGAAAGAAGUACAGGAACAUGGUUGUGUUCUGGUCCAUCGACCCAUACCGGAGAUUCCCAGUGAGCUGAAAGACCAUCAAAAUCUGACCACAACUGUCCUCAAAUUGGCUCAAGGAGUGGGCAGGAGAGAAGUUCCAGUGAUGUCAAGAUCAGGAAAGGAUAUGGGUCCGAGCUCAGAGAUCACUGAGCUCUUGGCAAGCUGGAAUGAUUCCCAGCUGCUGCAGCUGACGGACUUCUAUCGGGACAGGCUGGAGCAGGCGAUGGAAGGAGGGGUGCACGGAGUGAGCCUGGCAUUAACGGCCGAGAAUCAGUUCAGCGGAGAGGAACAUCGGAAAAUCUCUGAUCUCGCUGAUAAGGGAGAGCGGGCGGACAGUUCUAAACUCCUCCUGAGCCUGGUGAUGGAGAAAGGCUCCCGCGCCCGGAGGGUGAUGUGGGAAACCUUUGUCAAAAUGCGGAUUGGUGUCCCAAAGUUUGACAAAAUACUGAAGGAAAUACAGAUGUAUGGUUCUGAUCCAUCCCAUCGAUCAAAUCCUACUCGAGGUUUACUCAAGAUUCUCAGUGAAUUGAAAGGAAGAUGCUCAACAGAAACACAAGGAGACUCUACGGGCACAAACUGAAAAACACGAUCCUGA